GAUCAUUUAUCUUAUAUAAGUUCCCGAUUCCGCCGCUGGAGACGCUCAAAUCUACCAAUCCAUACCACUCGACUCCAUUUCAUCUUUUCUUUAACGAGCUGCGUGCUGACAACCAUGGCUUCUCUAGUACUCCCCCUCCUACUCUGCGCCGCUUCGCAGGCUAUUCUCAUGUUCUCCACCUCAACUGCAGCAUACCCCUCCAACCCUGGCGCCGAUAACACCGAGUCCUCGCUCUCUGACAAACACGAGGAGCUCAUCCCCGUUCGCCGAGAGGUCUACGACGGAGGCCGCAUCAUCGAUAUCAGCCACAGGUACACUCCAGAUUUGCCGUCGUGGGACUCUAUGGGCAGCCUCGGCCAGUUCCUCUGGCUCCGGCAGAGUAUGAAGAACGGCUCGAUCGCCAACUUCUCGGAAAUGAAGCUGCCCACUCACACCGGCACGCACGUCGACUCUCCCGGUCACUUCUUCGAUCACUACUUGGACGCUGGCUUCGAUGUCGACACGCUUGACCUGGAAGUUCUCAAUGGUCUGGCCUUGUUGAUUGACGUUCCAAGGGACAAGAACAUAACUGCUGAAGUUAUGAAGGAUUUAAAUAUCCCCAAGGGAACACGUCGUGUCCUUUUUAGGACAUUAAAUACAGAUAGGCAGCUGAUGUUUAAAAAGUAUUAUGACACAAGUUAUGUGGGAUUUAUGAAGGACGGGGCAAAAUGGUUGGUUGAGAACACUGAUAUCAAACUCGUUGGAAUCGAUUACUUAUCGGCUGCUGCUCAUGAAGAUUUGACUGCAGCUCAUCUUGUCUUUUUGGAAGGCAGGGAUAUCAUACUCGUAGAAGGCCUAAAGCUUGAUGACAUCCAACCAGGAAUAUAUUCGGUCCGUUGUUUACCUCUCAGGUUGCUUGGUGCGGAGGGAUCGCCUAUAAGAUGCAUUCUCAUCAAUUAAUAAUAUCGAUUGAAACAGUGUCAGCCUACGGAGGUGUCAAGUAAUAAGGAGAGGGUUUCUUGUGCCUCAAUAGAGCAGGAGGGGUAUACACCAAAGGACACUUUGAGAUGCAUAUGUGAAUACGAUUUCGUAAUAUAUAUGUGUGCAUAGGUUAUAUCAUAUGGGCGACAUAAUAAACUUGUCGUUUGACUCUCUGCCUUCAGAAGUUGCUGAGCAUUGGGUUGGCAAUGUAGCAUUGGGUCCUCUGGAGAUAGAUAUCAAAUGUCAGUAAACUUUGAGCUUUAUUAUAAACAAUGGGGCAGGCUUCGACAUUGACGCGCA